ACACUGCAAACCCUCUUCCUUGGAUUUCUAGUCGCAUCGAAAGCAACAUGUUUUCUCCUGGAAAAUGUCUUGAGGAAGCGCUGACCUCUGCUCAGGCAGAAGACCGCCUCACUGUCGGAGUCUACGAGAGCGCCAAAAUAAUGACCAGUGACCCAGACAGCGUGUCCUUCUGCGUGCUGGCCGUGGACGAGGAGUUCGAGUGUGACGUGGCUCUGCAGAUCCACUUCACCCUCAUCCAGUCCUUCUGUUUCGACAACGACAUCAGCAUCGUGAGAGUCAGCGACACGCAGCGUCUCUCGGAGAUCGUUGGAGACAAAGCCACGCAACUGGAAGAUGCCCACUGCGUCCUCAUCACGAACCAAGAUGAGGGCUCUUGGCAAGACCCAGCUCUGGAGAAGCUCCACCUGUUCUGUGAGGAGAGCAGGCGCCUCAACGACUGGGUCCCCGAGAUCAACCUCGCAGCACGUUGAUCUGAGCCGCGUGUCUCCACGAUGAAGCUUCUUAUCUGGAAAUACUCAUCCUCACCAAGAGGAUGACUCUGUUUCUACUCAUCCCUGGAUACUCCUGAGGAGGAUUCCCGUCCAGGCAGCACGGCGCCGGCCCCCCGGGCCCCCGUGAACCGUCGUCUCUCGUCCCGUCCAUGCCAAGAUGACGCCCAUUCUUUAUGUGAAUGGGCUCAGGUUUGCCACGAGAGCGACGAAUCGACCCUCAUUCUUUGUGCGGAUGAGGUUUGGAGAGGAAGGAGAAGCGAGUUCUGCGUCCUGUGGUUCCACAGAGCAAAUGUCGCACCUAGAAGCACGCGCAGUAGGAGGAGAAGCGCUGCUGAAGAAGAGGACUUGGUUGGAAGAGACUUUUUGACCGAGGACUCUUGGCUGAGCAACGUGACAUCGGUUGCAGUCAGCGAAAAUGUUUCUCACUUUCCAGAAUUGUCUUAAAUUCUCUAAAGGUUUCACUUUAGCAUUCCAACUUAUGAAAAAGACAGAAAAACAAUAUAAUAAUACCAACUGUAUCGUGAAUUGUUACAACAGUAAUAAA